GAAAACGUUGUCACUAGCUGGCUGCCAGCCGUCGGAACCAGAAAAAGCAGUGUUGUUUUCCUUCCUCUGCGGCUAGGUUGAGGCGUAAUCCAUAAACUUUUUCGCGAAAAAUGUCCGCUAUCGGGAAAGUGCGCGUCCUGGUUGUCGGCGAUUCCGGUGUCGGUAAAACUUCGCUAACCCAUCUGAUCGCUAACAAUGAACCGCUAACGUCACCCGGAUGGACCGUGGGUUGUGCGGUGGAAGUGAAACUGCACGAGUACAAAGAGGGUACUCCUUCGCAAAACACAUACUUCAUAGAGCUUUGGGACGUUGGAGGAUCGAUAAGUCAUAAAAAUACCCGCGGCGUCUUCUACCACCCUACCCAAGGGAUCAUCUUGGUACACGAUCUGACCAACAAAAAGAGCCAGGAAAACUUGCAACGGUGGUUGGUCGAAAUUUUGAACAAGGACGGCAAGGAUGUGCUUAAAGGUGGUGAAGCGAUUGACAUCGAUCCAGAACAGUUUCUCGGCUCUACACAGUUUCAAAAUUUUCAGAUUCCUAUUUUGGUCAUCGGGACAAAGCUGGACAUGCUGGAUGACAAUCACAAGAGCAAAAUUCUUAACAAAACUAACGCAGGAAGUAUAGCGCAACAGUGUGGUGCAGAUGAGAUAUGUUUAAAUUGCCACGAAUCCAGAAGCCUGGCGGCUGGAACGACAGACGCUGUCAAACUGGCCAGAUUUUUUGACAAAGUGAUAGAACGAAAACAUCACAGGGUAGAGCCCGCUCGUAAAUUUACCGGAACAUUCCCAACGGGGUUUAACGUAUACCAGACGUAGGAUAAUAUAAACAACAUAAAACAUUCCUCAAA